AUGGCGAACAAAGACCCUGCUCAGGUUGACGUGGGGGAGGAAAGACCAGAGGUGAAUGAAGCAACGCAGGCGCUGGCCAAGAGAGUACUUCGGAAAAUCGACCUGAGGAUCCUGACUUUUAUGUUUGUGACUUACAACUUCAAUUUCAUGGACAAGAUCAUUUUGUCAUCUGCUGCGGUGUUUGGGCUCAGCAAAGAUACUCACUUGCAUGGAACGCAAUAUUCCUGGAUCAGCUCAAUCUUUUACUUUGGAUACCUCGUUUUCGAAUAUCCAACAACUCUGCUUAUUCAAAAGCUACCAAUUGGAAAGUUCUUGUUUGCCGUGCUGGUCAUCUGGGGCGCAAUUGUGGCUUGCACAGCUGCUUGCUCGAACUUUGGCGGAUUGGCAGCAUGUCGAUUUUUCCUAGGCGUUGCGGAAGCAACAAUCUCGCCUGCAUUUGUGUAUAUCACCAGCAUGUGGUAUACGCGUGAUGAGAUCCCCACACGCACCGGUGUAUGGUUUGCUGGAAACAGCUGCGGCGGCUUUAUUGCGUCUCUGCUUGCUUAUGCCAUUGGACAAAUCACGCACCCCCUUGCUCCAUGGCAAUGGAUGUUUAUCAUUUUCGGCGUUGCGACGAGUAUUUGGGGCAUCUUUGUGCUCUUUCUCCUCCCGGAUACGAUCAACGACGCCAAAUUCCUGACAGAAGAGGAAAAGCAAUACGCAGAAGACCGAGUUGUUGUCAGCGGCACAGGCCGGACAAACCAGAGCAAUAGUGCGUGGAAAAAGGAACAGGUCCUGGAGUGUCUUCUCGACCCAAAGACUUGGUUCUUUGCCGCUAUUUCUGUUCUUACUCAAAUCCCCAAUGGCGGCACCGGCAGCUUUGGCAAUCUCGCCCUCAAAGGCUUUGGAUUUACCAGUCUUCAAACCACUCUCAUGACUCUCCCUGCGUCCGUUAUUUCCAUGACGACAAUUCUCGCGACGGGCUGGCUUGCGGGCCGAUUCCGCAACGCCACAACCUUGCUAAUCGUCGCCGUCGUCAUCCCACCCGUCGUGGGUAGCGCUCUUAUCUUCUCACUUACAAACAAGGGCGUUCGUCUAUUUGCCUACUACUGCCUUCAAACGGGACCAGCGGCCAUUCCACUAGCUCUCGGACUAGUAUCUGCAAAUUACAAAGGCGUAACCAAGAAAAUGACCGUGACUGCCAUUCUCUUUGUCACAUAUUGUGCAGGUAACAUUGCCGGACCUCAAACAUUUAUCUCCAGCGAAGCCUCGAGAGGCUACCCCACCGCCUUCAAAGCCAUUCUCAUCUGCUACGGUCUCGUCAUCCUCAUCGCCCUCGCCUUCCGGGCUUACUUGACCUUCGUCAACCUCCGUCGCGACAAGUCUGAGGGACUCAGCACGGCAGCAGCAGCGCCACCAGAUGGAUCUGGAUCUGGCAAGCACCUGGGCCAAGAUGACUACGAGGACGUGACGGAUUUUAACACUCUCGGGUUCAGGUAUCGUAUGUAA